GACUUUCGUUGCCUCGCCUCCCGGACGUCAUAGACACAAGUCUGAGAGAUACGCGGGAAAACUUGUCACAGCAGAAUGGAUCCAGCGGAGGUAGAGUUUCUCGCAGAGAAAGAGAUGGUAAAAAUAAUCCCGAACUUCAGUCUCGACAAAAUCUAUUUGAUUGGGGGAGAUCUGGGCCCAUUUAAUCCGGGUCUGCCUGUGGAAGUUCCUGUGUGGUUGGCCCUCAAUCUUAAACAAAGGCAGAAAUGCAGGAUAGUUCCUCCAGAAUGGAUGGACACUGACAAACUAGAGGAGAUCCGUGAACAGGAGAGAAAGCUAGACACUUUCACUCCCAUACCGAGUCCAUAUUACAUGGAGCUGACUAAAUUAUUACUCAACCAUGCUGCAGAUAACAUUCCCAAAGCCGAUGAGAUCCGAACCCUGGUCAAGGAUAUCUGGGAUACACGCGUGGCCAAACUGAGACUUUCUGCUGACAGCUUCAUCAGCCAGCAGGAGGCUCACGCGCAGCUGGAUAACCUCACGCUAAUGGAGAUCAACACCACACGCUCAUUUCUGCUCGAUUCUCUGAACUACAUGUAUAAACUGCGCUCAAACCUGCAGCCGGGCAGAAGUCAGGACUACUGAGAUGUUAUGAGAUACUGGAGACAUUCUCUACCAGAUUGAUAUCUGUUGUUUUUUGUGUUAUAUGUAGUAAACCAUAUGAUGGGACUGAAAUUUGUUUGUCAUUGAACAGAUGUUUGAAAAGAUUACUGUUGACUGUCUGAAGAGCAAAAUCAUAUCUGAACUCAUGACCACUGCUGCUGUUCAGCAUGUAAAUAGUGACUGAUGCUGCACUAUUACUGUAGCUGUCUGGUCCAGUAAAAACCUUUAAUCAA